AUGCCCUGCCCCACGGCACAAACACAGUGUCCGAGAGAGAUCCCAUGGCUCGUCACCUCUUUGUCCUGCAAGCCAGGCGCCAAGACGGUGUCUUUGCUUGUGGUGUUGGCAAGAAUGCAAAAUACAGAGUUGAGAAGGAUCAUACGGGCUCAAUUCCCUCAUCUGGGCCGGGAUGAUCCGGUCUGCCCAAUAUUUGGCCCAAGUUCCUCAAGACAGGCCCAGCUAAACGACCAACCCUUUCCUGCGUCGUCGUCCUUCUCCCCUCUCCCAGUUCUUCCUCCUCGGCGUCUCCUCCUCCCUCUCGUAACCCUAGACAAUCCACCCCCACCCACCCACCGGAUCGGGUCUCAGCAUCUCUGGGCGCACGAGACCAGGGAUUCCCUCGCGAUCCUACGAGUGCCAUGUCGGGCGGACGCUGAGCCUGUUGAUCAGAAGAAUAAACUCGAGGAACGUUGCAAGCCACUAUGUGUAAAAUCAUUGUAUGAGUAUGAGAGGUGUGUCAAGAGAGUCGAGAACGAUGGAAGUGGGCAGAAGCACUGCACCGGCCAAUAUUUCGACUACUGGUCAUGCGUUGACAAGUGUGUGGCACCAAAGCUCCUUGACAAGCUCAAGUGAUGAUGGCAUGCUACUACAUUUGACGUGUGACUUCGUUGGACACUCGCACUCCCCCAUUUCAGUUCUCAUGAACUUAAAUAAAUUGACCUGUUUGUCGUGCCUCUGCUUUUAUUUGCCGACCCUGUAACAGGAUGCCUUAUUUUGUCUAACUCUUCGAGCAGCACAGCAAACACGGAUGGGUGCUUGAAUUUAAACGGGUCUUAUCAUCUAAUUCGUGCAGGCGUUUACAUGUACAAGAGGAAUCACGUUCCUCUGUUUUCUCAAAUAUUGCUAGACUCGUUUCCUUAA